CUUUCUUUUCUUUUCUACUUUCUUUUCUUUUCUACUUUCUUUUCUUUUUUACUUUCUUUCUUUUUCUUUUUUUAUUUAAUCUGCAAAAAAUGAGUUCUAGUGAUACACAAGAACUUGGACUCAAGAUAGCCUAUGGUGCCUUGUUGACAAUGGCUGUAGUACCUAUUUAUAUUGGUUCUUUCGCGUCUCUAUCAGGUAUGAAACGACCAGCGAAUGCUCCCAAAAAGAAAUCAACCUCUCCUUUGGAAGACUCUGAUGAUGAAGAAAGUAUCUCUGAAACGCUUAGUGCUAACGAUGCUUGGAUGUUUCCAAUCAUGGGAUCUAUCACUCUCUUCUCUCUUUACUUGAUCUUCCGUUAUGUGGACAAGGAAUAUAUCAAUUUGGCGAUCACAGCUUAUUUUGGAUUGAUGGGUACCUUGGCUAUGGCAAAAACUGGAUUAUUAUUUGCACAAAAAUUAGUUCCUACAUCUCUUCUUCAACAUAUUCAACCCUAUAGACUUACAUUUAGUACAAAAGGAAAAGAUGUUUUUAGAUUAAAAUUGACAAUUGUUCAUCUUUUCUUACUUUUGGCUUCUGUGGUAUUGACGGUUUAUUAUUCAUUGACAAAGAACUGGAUUGCUUCUAAUGCUUUUGGUCUUGCCUUUUCCAUCAAUGCUAUUCAAUUAUUGUCGUUGGAUUCUUUCAAGACUGGUAUGAUCCUUCUCAGUGGUCUUUUCUUGUAUGAUAUCUUUUGGGUGUUUGGUACUGAAGUGAUGGUUAGUGUUGCAAAGAGUUUUGAUGCUCCUAUCAAGGUGAUCUGGCCUCGUGAUAUCAUUGAUUAUGUUUUGAACUCGGAUACAAAAACAACCUUUGCUAUGCUUGGUCUUGGUGAUAUUGUCAUUCCUGGUAUUUUCGUUGCAUUAUGUUUAAGAUAUGAUCGACAUAUGGCUUGGAAGAAGAAUCCAUCUGGUGAUUUCCGAUCUACUCAAUUUAGCAAGCCUUAUUUCACAUCUUGUUUGAUUGCUUACUUUUUAGGAUUGGUGACGACCAUGGCUGUCAUGCAUAUCUUCCAUGCUGCCCAACCUGCCUUGUUAUACUUGUCUCCUGCUUGCAUUCUCUCUGUAUUGAUCACUGCUGCCAUUCGUGGUGAACUUUCUCAAGUGUUCCAAUACACCACCGAAGAAGAAAAGACGGAUGAAAAAACCAAGAAGAAAUCCAAGAAAUCUACCAAGGAUCAGGAUGAAAAAGUGACAAAGGAAACAACUGAAAACGAUGAAGAAGAAUUCGUCAAUUUGAACGCUGAAUCCUUAUCUCCCUCUCAAUCUCCCAGUACAAAGACCAAGAAGACCAAGAAGACCAAGAACAAGACUAAAUCUUCCUAGUUUAGUUCCCUACUGUUAUUAUUUUUUUUUUUUUUAAAAACCAUUCAAAAAUAAAAAUAAAAAAUAAAAAUAUCAAUCUGUACACAUCAAAUAUAA